AUGCCCAGGACUUUACCCUGGCUCCUUGAGCCAAAGGAGGAGGGACGCGUCAAACGAGAAUCAACCCCGCGGAAGCGCUUCAAGCGUGAGGCAGAUGCAGACCCGGACUUGACGCCGAAACCACCCACAUCUCCCAACAGAAGAGAUUUCAUGCGAUCAUCCCAAACCCCACCUACCUCCCCGCCGCGCGCGUGUCCCGCAGAAGAAUUCCUCGUGGCAGGCCUAGAUAAAGAUGAUGCUUGGGUCAUGGUAGAAGAUGAAUUCUAUGCGAUCGCGCAAACAUUCACCAAGCAUCUGCAUUAUGCGGAGUACGCCCGCCUAAAGAAAGAAGCCAAGGCUCAGAGCGCAACGGCUGCAAGAGAAGUCGAGAGGCCUACAGAUUGCCAAACAGCAAUUUCAAAGGCGCUUCAAUUAAAAAAGGAUGCGGAGGCGCUUGAUGCGCGCCAGAAAGCUGGCCUCGCUCAGCUGGAAGGACCAGUGGCUGACAACCCGGAGGAGGAUACCGACGAAGACGAUGGCGUCUGGGCUGGAACACAUCUCCACGGUCUAAUGACGAGCCCGCGAAAGUCUCGAUCUUUGGUUGGGACUCAUACUCUCAAAUCUGCUACUAGGGCUGCUGCAGGCUUUGGGCAAGCGCCUAGGUCCAAUCACGAUAGCGCCCAUGUUGCGAGUUCUCCUCCAAAUGUCCUUCCAUCAAGAACGGUGGUGGAAUCAAAUGAGGUGAUUGAUCUUGAGACGGCAUCGGAGGAUGAGUUUGACUUCGAUGGACAGAUUUACCCUGUUCCCGUCUCAUCGACUACUAGACGCCAGGAGAAGGAGGCUACACCAAGUAAAGCCCCGCAAUCACAAACUCCAACAGCAAGGCGACAAAUAAGCGCCACGCCUAUGGAGUCUGUACAGAAAACUCCGACAAUGGAUAAAGAGAGGCCAAUACCGACCCCAAAAACCUCUACAUUGCACAGAGAAAGGCCAUCAACCACGCCAAAGAACAGCAAGCCAGCAACAGUUUACAAGUCAAGAGUUCAAAUGUUAUUUGAUGACCUCGAUGGGCUACCAGAGCCAUCUCAGCCGAUUUCGUAUAUCUCUGAUAAGAAAAAAGGUUCAAACCCCGGCGACAGCGCAACUAGGGAAGCCUCUGAGACCAACAAUUUAGAGUCCAAAUCUCGCUAUAACGACGUGCCGACUUUUUUGGUGUGA